AUGCGGUUCUCCUCGCUGCUGCUUGCAGCCUUCAGUGUGAUCUUGGGAGUGUUCGCUGCCGACAAUGGCCUCCAAACGGUUGUUGAGUGGGACAAUGGGUCUCUCAUGGUCGAUGACGAGCGCGUCCUCAUCAUGAGCGGAGAGUUCCAUUACCAGCGGCUUCCUGUUCCAGAAUUAUGGCUCGACGUCUUUCAAAAGUUCAAAGCCAAUGGCAUGAACGCGGUCAGCAUCUACUUCUUCUGGUCAUAUCAUUCUUCAUCCAAGGGACAGUAUGACUUCACAACCCCCGGAAAAGACCUUCAGAGAUUGUUCGACAUGGCCAAAGAAGCUGGAUUAUACGUCAUCGCCCGUCCUGGACCUUAUGUCAAUGCCGAGACCAACGGAGGAGGCUUUGCGCUAUGGACCAGCGAUGGCAGUGGUGGAAAGUACAGAACGUCAGAUGAGACAUAUCGGCAAGCGUGGUCAGAGUGGAUUGCAGAAGUCGGGUCGAUCAUUGCGAAGAAUCAGAUUACGGAAGGGGGCCCGGUCAUCCUAGCACAGGUCGAGAACGAGCUCCAGCAGACGCGAUACGAGGCCAACGACACGCUUGUUGUGUACAUGGAGCAACUGAAGACUGCUUUCAAGGACGCUGGUAUUGUUGUACCACUCUCGCACAACGAAAAGGGUUUCAGAUCAAAGAGUUGGUCUACCGACUAUAACAACGUAGGGGGUGCUAUCAAUGUCUACGGACUUGACUCAUACCCAGGCGGCAUGAGCUGCACAAACUUGGACUCUGGAUUCAAUCUGCCGAAAACAUACUAUCAGUGGUUCCAGGAAGUUUCACCCACCCAGCCAGAAUAUCUUCCGGAAUUUGAAGGAGGAUGGUUUCAACCAUGGGGUGGAUCUUUCUACGAUUCUUGCCGUGCCGAACAAAGUCCCGAAUUUGCGGAUGUGUUCUACAAGGGCCUGAUCGGCCAGCGCGCCACACUACUGAACUUGUACAUGGCAUUUGGAGGAACAAACUGGGGCCAUAGUGCCGCCCCUGUCGUCUACACGUCAUACGAUUAUGCUGCUCCACUCCGUGAGACACGAGAGGUUCGUGACAAGUUCAAGCACUACAAGCUGCUAGCGCUUUUCACUCGUGUCAGUAAAGAUCUUCACAACACAUACAUGGAAAGCAAUGGUACCGCAAACGCUGUCGACAAUGCUGCCAUCUGGACUUGGGUUCUCAAGAACCGUGAAUCGAAUGCCAGAUUUUACCUCGCCGAGAACAACAGGACAAACACGCGUGCUGUGACUGACUUCUCGAUCAACGUCAAGACGUCUGGCGGUGACAUCACCAUUCCGAGAAUGCAAUUGAACGGCCGGCAAAGCCGAUGGGUCGUGACAGACUACGCAUUGGGAAAUGACAAUUUACUAUUCUCCUCAGCCGAGGUCCUUACCUAUGGUAUCUUCGAUCGACCUGUCGUCAUUUUCUACCUCAAAGAGGGCCAGACUGGUGACUUUGCUUUCAAGUCAAACAACAGCAUCACUUUCAGCACGACCGGCGCACAGACUGACCUGGCAAGCUCAGCAUCAAACUCUACAGGAUACUCGCGGUUCACGUAUACACAGAGCAAGGGAUCAACAGCUGUACAAUUCUCAAAUGGAGUUUUGGCCUAUCUCCUCGAUGUCCCAACAGCAUACACAUUCUUCGCAGCUGCAACCACGGAGAAUCCCAAUGUCACCCCAGAUCAUCAGAUCUUUGUGCUUGGCCCUUACCUUGUCCGUUCGGCCAGCGUUUCUGGCAGCAAGGUGUCUAUUGUCGGUGACAAUGCUAAUGCUACUACCAUCGAAGUAUACGCAGGUCUCGGCGUCGAUACAAUAUCUUGGAAUGGCAAAGAUCUGCCGACAGAAAAAACAGCCUAUGGUUCCCUGACCUCCACGCUUUCCACGAUCUCUAACCGCCAAAUCACCCUCCCAUCUCUUUCUAAUUUCAGGGCCGGGGACUCCUCCCCUGAAAUUGCUACAUCGUACGAUGACAGCAACUGGAUCGUCGCCGACAAGACGACCACACUGAGCCAAGUGAAACCCCUCACUCUCCCUGUAUUGUUUAGCAGCGACUACAAAUUCUACACCGGCGCUAAGAUCUACCGCGGUUACUUUUCUGGAAAAUCCGCCUCUGCACUUAACAUCACAGUGCAGGGUGGUGCAGCUGCGGGCUGGAACGCCUGGCUGAAUGAUGAGCCACUUGGAUACCACCCAGGCAAUGCAUCACAGUGGGCCACUACAGCUUUGCUUUCCUUCAACAAUGCCACACUGAAAGACAAAGACAACAUGAUUACCGUGAUCACAGACUACACCGGCCACGACCAGACCUCCACUGGACCUUCUGGCGCACAGAACCCCCGCGGUAUCCUCGGCGCCCAACUCCUUGGCGCGAACAACACGAAGAUAUCUUUUGAUCAGUGGAAGAUCCAGGGUAACGCCGGUGGAGAGCAAAACAUCGAUGCCGUCCGUGGACCUAUGAAUGAGGGCGGUCUCUACGGGGAACGACUGGGCUGGCAUCUUCCAGGCUUUGAUACAAGCGCCUGGGAAGAGGGUAGCCCUGUUGAAGAUGGUGUGCUAGGCGCUGGGGUGAAAUGGUUCACUACAUCGUUCGAUCUGGAUAUUGAUGACGAUCUUGAUGUUCCCAUUGGUGUGGAGCUAGGUGCAGACCAGGGGACUGUGGCAAGGGUUUUGAUUUUUGUCAAUGGUUACCAAUAUGGUAAAUUCGUCCCGCACAUUGGACCACAGACCCGCUUCCCCAUCCCUCCUGGUAUUCUUAACACAGCCGGGAAGAACACCCUAAGUAUCGCAUUAUGGUCACAGACAACAUCUGGUGCGAAGCUCAAUACCUUGAGAUUGUUCGAGUAUGCCAGGUAUGAAAGUGGAUUCGGGUUCAAGGACAUCGACACGGCGGCGUUGCAGCCCGAAUGGGUAGAUAGGAGUCAGUUCGCCUAG